AUGAACGCGGGUGACGGCGGUUCAGGAAGCUGCAGGAUAUCGAUGCUCUGGAAUUGGUACACAGUGGACGCAUGCUUCCUGUCCUCAUCAUGGCGAAUUCAGAACAGAGGCAUGUUUGCUGCCUCAUGCAUCGGCAUAGUCCUACUCGUCGUCUCCGUCGAGUUCAUGCGACGAAUUGGCCAGGAAUACGACAACUCCGUCGUUCGGCAAUGGCACAGACAAGCGGCCGUGGCCCGCGACCGCGCAAUUGAAGGAUCUCAAGGGUCAAGCACUUGCUCGGAGAUGACUAUGUUCCGAGCAACUCCGCUGCAGCAACUGAUACGAGCACUCAUUCAUGCUGCCACUUUUGGAGCGGCGUACAUAAUCAUGCUUCUUGCCAUGUAUUUCAACGGCUAUAUCAUCAUUUGCAUCAUUAUCGGCUCCGCUAUUGGCAAGUUUGCCUGCCAUUGGCUCACUGUCACAAUCGAUCUGCAACCCGGCGAAGGGGAAAGACUAUUACAAAAACCUUUACUGCAGACAACUAUAUGCUGUGAUUAG